CAUUAUUAUUUUUUCAAUCUCAAAACUGAAAUGUUCCUUGUAUUUUGCUCUCUUCUCUUUGCAAAUUUGUCAUUUUCCCAUGUUUAUUUCUACUAUAUAUUUCAUGAAAUUUUUCCUUCUUGUCACCUUAUAGUAUAAGCUAAAGAAAAGAAGGAAAAUAAAAAGAAAAUGUCAAGUUCUAAUAGUAAUAAUAUGGGAUUUGGUUUCAUAACUGCCUUUGCAGUUUCCGGCAGUGUCGUGUUCAUCGCUCGUCAAGUUCAUAAGCGUCUCAUCUCCAACUUCAUGAAAGAGAUUGAACUUGAAUUAAUGGGGCAAAGGAGAUCAUCAACAUGCCAAGAGAAGAAAAGGGUUCGAUUUGCAGAAGAUGUUAUAAAUCACGAAAAUGAAAAUAGGAGCCGAAAAUUGUUGAAAAUGGAAGAUUAUGUGAGAAAUUAUAAUCAUGGUGCAAAAAAAAUGGAAGCUAUGCCUUUGAAUAGGCAAGUUUUGUAUAAAGGAAUUGUUGAGUAUAGAACUCUUAAAGGUUGUAACAACUUGACAUCAGCUUGAAGGAUGUAACAACUUGACAUCAUAUGAUCAUCUUUUAAAUAAGAAAAAGAAUCAAAUUUCAUUGAUUUUUUAU